ACAUCUAGGGUGGCAAAACACAAAAGAACCUCAGGAUGUCUGUAAAUCAGCAAGGGACGGCAACACUUCGUAAAGCAAAGAAAAUCACAGUAAAAACGUGUCUAGAUAACCCCUUUGUUUUUCAGUGGAAAACCAUAGGUGCAGAAGAUAUGCAUUUUAUACUGCAGACUUUAGAAGAAAGGAUUAAACAUAUUGGACUUAAAAAGAUUGAGACUCCAAGAAAGAAAAAACGUUCCCUUACAAAAAAACAAAUGGAAAGAAAGUGUGAUGCUCGCAGCAAUGAACUCCCUAAAGAAUCGGAAACGGAAGGCCAUCAACAAAAACCAGGAUGGACUGACAUAAGUAUCAGAAGACAGCUUGCCAUUGGCAUUAAUGAAGUUACAAAAGCAUUGGAAAAAAAUGAACUGCUUCUCUUACUGGUGUGCAAAUCUGCAAAACCUGCCAUGAUCACGUCUCAUCUUAUUCAGCUGAGUGCAAGUCGAGCCACUCCAGCAGGCCAGGUUCCCCGUCUCAGUGAAACAGUUGCGCCACUUCUUGGCUUAACAUCCAUUUUAGCACUAGGCUUUAAAAAGCAGUCUGAUAAAUUUAUGGAAGCGAUAGAAGCAAUAAUUCCAAAGAUACCAGCUUUGGAAGUUCCAUGGUUUCAGUACAGAACUGAGGAACUGGUGGCUUGUGCACCUACAGAUUCUUCAGAAAAUCAGGAAUCUGAGCAGCUUGCGGAGUCGCCGGGGGACGAGCUCACAAGCCAGAAGCGGAAGCGUACAGAGAGCUCUCGGCUUGAUCUUUCACACGUAACUUUGCAGCCUUUGAAAAUCAAGAAACUUGUUCCAAAUCCGAAUAAGAUAAAGAAACCACCUCGCAAAAAGAGAAAAGCCUUUUCAGCAUAACU